AUUCUCUCUCGGCACCUCGGUCGGCUCGGUAUGGAUCCGGUAUCGGCAUCGGCUAGUAUACUCACCUUGGUCGGAGCUGCCGGAGGAUCCUGCAAAUUCCUACAUUCUUUCAUUCUCGAUAUCGCGGACGCUCCGCGUGAGAUACGGAUUUCUAAUCAGAAGUUGUGCUGCCUCGCUCGUAGCUUCGACUGCCUCACCAAUGUCUACUCCAAGGUCCCAUCACACUAUCGGAUCGACUCUACUGUCGUACAUGAGCUUGAGCUCUUCAUCCAAGAAAUCUUCACAAUAAAUAAGGUGGUAAAAUCCAAGGCCGCUUCACUUAUCGAUGAAGGUAGUGUGAAGCAGUUAUGGCAUAGUUUUCGAUGGCUUCUAUUCGACCGACGUUUGCAAAAGUUCUUUGCUAGCCUUGAACACUGGAACAUAGUAUUUUCUCAAGCAGUUGCAAUAUCCCAACUGUCGUUACUCACAAACAUAGAGGCUACACUUACGAGUUUGAUAUCUCUCCAGCAAAAGCUACCAGACAAUCAAAAAUCUGCUCCACAGAUUUUCUUUCCAUCUUCAAGCCGGCUUGCCGAUAUCUACUCGAUACGGAAGCCCUUGGAAGGCUUAGAUCAUGACGGCGGCGAACCGGUGGCGCCCCGCCAACAGUCUCGUGAUUCCAGGCAGCAGCUUUAUUUACAGCAGCUGAUCAAUACCUUAGAGCCUGUCAAUGUCAUACGUGCCUUUAUCCACCGGACUGGCUACAGCCCACUCAGUUGUGAAAUUGGGAUCGGACCGGUCACAAUGCAGACUUGGACUGCCUCAGGGAAGAGGCAGUACCGCGCUAGUACUUUAUUACAAGGAAUCGGUGCAUAUGUCUCAGUACAAGAACUUGUGGUAUUCAAAAGAAAGAUUUCGAUGUUGAUCACUUGUUGUUGGGGCUUGGGUCGGCCUGAUGGUUUGGACUUUCGGAUUCGAUUACGCUGCCCCCGCGUUGUACAAUAUGACGAUCCCAUCACUCGUGUGAUUCGAAAUGGAGAUAUUUUAAGUUUGAGACAGCUUUUGACGUCAAGGACUGCUAAGUUAAGUGACGUCACUAAGCAUGGAGACUCUCUACUACAUCUAGCGGUUCAGGAAGAGCAGGAAAAUGUCGUUUCCUUUCUAUUAGAUCAGGGCAUAGAUAUUAACGUCAUGAAUGACACAGGCGAAACACCAUUACACACUUGCAUUGAAAUGGGACGAAAUGAAAAUUGUGCAAAACUACUUUUAUCAAAAGGCGCGGAUCCCUAUUGUCAGGAGGUCGGGGGACGAACAGCUCUGCACACAUAUUACAAUCCGGUCAGCAAGCGAAUUUUGCAAGAAAACUACGAAGAUCUGGAUCCAUGGACGCAGGACCAUGAAGGAAUGACCUUUCUACAUUUCCUGUGUUGGAGCAGUAGGUCAACAAUGGAACUGCUCCAACGAAUAGAAUUGCAAGACAAUCAGUCGUAUAAAUCGAAAGGGUCCUGUCUCGAUUUGAAGGACUCUUUUGGUCGCUCCAUGCUCCACUUCGCUGCACAGCGAGGAAACAUCGAGCUUGUACAAUUCUUCCUGGCGCGCCCAAACGUCGAUAUGCUUGCGAAACCAGACUGGCAUGGUAAAACAUUACUCCAUUACGCGACUGAAAGCAGUCGUGUCCAUACUAUAGAUUUGAUCCUCCGCGCGGGGUUCGAUCUGAAUGCGAGAGAUGACUCCGGAUGCACUUUGCUGCACCAGGCAGCUAUGAAAGACAAUGUCGCAGCCUUCAAACGGCUGCUGGACCUCGGUGCCUGGCAUCAAUUAACGUCCAUAAAUCGCAACAAUGAGAGUCCGUACCAAACCGCAUUGUCAUAUCAUUCUAAAGACUUGCUCUUGUAUCUCGAUUCGUUGAAGCACUCCGAAUCUUUAUUUGUUCUGCCUGAGAAUAAUAAAUCCGAACCGACCGCUUCCACUUCACCAUAUACUCACGCAGGCAAGUAUUUCCAGAUGCAAGGCUUCUGGGGCAAAGUUUCGUCCAUGUACAAUGCAUGGCUUAUGGCUUUAUUGUUGAUCGUUUUCUGGUGCACUUUUAUAUCCUCCUCGUCCAGGUCCAGUACUACGACAUAUUAG